AUGGGAUGCUCAUCAAGUUCUCAAAGACCUAAUUCAACAAAAAAUAUAAAUGUUUUAACAUCAGCUUUAGAUCAAAAAAAAAAAAAUGAUACAAAAGUGAAAAUAGUUUUAUUAGGUGAUAGUGGAGUUGGAAAAUCAAGUAUCGCUUUGUACUUAUGUCAUGGUCGUUUUUCAGAUAAACAUCAAGUAACAAUUGGUGCCGCGUUUUUGCAGCAUACAAUUGAGUUGAAAAAUGGGGCAUCUAUGAAACUCCAUAUAUGGGAUACUGGAGGACAGGAAAGGUUUCGCUCAAUGGCACCCUUAUAUUAUCGGGAUGCAUAUGGAGCAGUUGUCGUUUAUGACUCAAACAAUAUCGAAUCGUUUAACUCUCUAAAGUACUGGAUUAACGAAAUAAAAUCGAACGGGUCGCGAAAUUGUUGUAUCAUGGUUGUUGCAAAUAAAAAGGACUUGCCACAAAAACUAAAUUCGGAGAUGGUAAUGAAAUUUUGUGAAGAAGAGAAUGUUUCCUUUAUUCAAUGUUCCGCAAAGACAGGAGAAAAUAUUAAUACCUUAUUUGAAAAAAUAGCAAGUCGUAUUUAUUCAAGAUUUAAAGAAGUGUUAUAUUAUAAUGAUCCGUAA